AGUUUGGGUUUUGUUCCAUAUCCAUUAUAACGUCCGGAAGGUCAGGAAAAGAUGGGUCUUACUGUAGUUGUUACUGUGACUCCCAAAAUAAAUGAAGAUUUUCCUUGGGUCGAAAUCAUCUAUCUCAAGUUUGCUAGCGUCGAACUGGAUUCGGAUGAACAGCAAAAGAAAUUUAUCGAAUGUGAGGCGCAACUACAGCAUGAUGAAUCGGGGAACGAGUACAAGAAGUACAUAGGCGAAAUUGAAGUUCCAGAAAAUUUUGGGGAAAUUGGAGCAGUGAUUGUUGGAUUGCAAGAUGGAGUGAAUGAGAGGUUUAUCGACAACAUUUCUAUUGUGGACCAAACACCUGAGAACUCAAUUACGUUCAGUUGUAAAUCAUGGGUGCAACCCAAAUGUCUUAUUGACCAGCGGAGGAUCUUCUUUUCCACUAAGUCCUAUUUGCCAGGAAGCACACCAGCAGGACUAGUAAAGCUGAGAACAGAGGACCUUGCGAAUUUGAGAGGCCAAAAAGCAGAUGGAACAGUAGAUACGAAUGAGCGUAAGGCAUUCGAAAGGAUUUAUGAUUAUGAUGUCUACAACGACCUUGGAGAUCCCGAUAGUUCAGAGAUAUUGAAAAGGCCUGUUCUUGGUGGUUCAAACCAGUACCCAUAUCCUCGACGUUGCAGAACUGGUCGUCCUCAUUGUAGAACAGAUCCAUCCUCAGAGCAAAGGAGUACAGAAAUGUUUUAUGUUCCACGGGAUGAAGAAUUCUCGGAGGUGAAGCAACAUUAUUUCCCAAUUAGUAAACCAGAGAGCAAGAAUUUGUUGGAAAAAGUUUCUUUCUCUGACCUCCCUCAAAUUGAUUCAAUGUUUCGAGAUGGCAUUAAAAUGCGUUCCAUUGCUUCCGAAAUUCUUCAAUUUGAUAUACAAUCCAUAGUUUCCCCUGAUCAACCUGCCCUUAAUUUAUCAGAUGAUGUGCCCAGUACCCUUCUUCAAUUUCCACCACCAGAGUCCUACAGGAGAGACAGAUACAAUUGGCUCAGUGAUACUGAAUUUGCAAGACAAACGCUUGCUGGUCUAAAUCCUUACUCUAUACAGCUAGUCAAAAGUUUGCCAUUUAUGAGUGAGCUUGACCCUGUGGAUUAUGGACCCAGAGAAUCAGCAUUCACUCCCCUACGAGUUCAAGAAUUACUCGGAAGUUCCAUCACAGUUGACCAGGCAAUAGCACAAAAGAAAUUGUUCGUACUGGAUUACCAUGAUACUUUAAUGGAGUACGUAAAGAAAGUAAGAAACAUUAAUGAGACAACACUAUAUGGAUCAAGGACAUUGUUCUUCCUAAAGCCAGAUGACACUUUGAUGCCGUUGGGUAUUGAGUUGACUCGGCCUCCAAUGGAUGAAAAACCCCAAUGGAAACAAGUUUUCACACCCAGCUCUGAGUCCACAAAUGUAUGGCUGUGGAGGCUUGCGAAAGCCCAUGUUCUUUCUCAUGACUCUUGCAUUCAUCAGCUUGUAAUUCACUGGCUUAGAGCUCACGCUUGCAUGGAGCCAUAUGCCAUUGCCACAAAUAGGCAAUUAAGUACGAUGCACCCAAUCUAUAGACUAUUGCAUCCUCAUUUUCGAUAUAAUAUGCGCAUAAAUGCAAAUGCUCGUGCAACCCUCAUCAAUGCCGGGGGCAUCAUUGAGAGCACAUUUUCUGCUGCAUCUUACUCCAUGGAAAUUAGUUCUAGGGUGUACAAGAAGGAAUGGCGAUUUGAUGAACAAGCACUCCCUGAGGACUUAAUUCGCAGGGGAAUGGCAAAAAGGAAGGAAGAUGCACCACUUGGUAUUGAGUUGGUUAUCAAAGACUACCCUUUUGCGAAUGAUGGUCUCAUCUUAUGGGACGCCCUGUUGAAAUGGGUGAAAGAAUAUGUGAGCCACUAUUAUGGAGAUGAUGAGAAUGCAAUAAUGAAUGAUAACGAGUUACAAGCUUGGUGGAGAGAAGUCCAAGAAAAAGGGCAUCCAGAUAAAAUGGAAGGAUGGCCUAUGCUAAGAACCCGAGACGAUCUCAUUAAGAUUGUGUCAACCAUAGCAUGGGUAGGAAGUGGGCACCACGCGUCUGUCAACUUCAUUCAAUAUGCGUAUGCAGGCCAUAUUCCCAAUCGGCCCAGUAUUGCAAGGAAAAAUAUGCUCACAGAGGACUCUCACCAACUUCCUGACGAAUUUAUAGAGCAACCUGAAAAUGAGUUGGUUAAGCUCUUCCCUUCAGUUGAUCAGACUUUAUUAGUGACGAAGACCAUGGUUUUGUUGUCGGCUCAUUCUCCUGAUGAGGAAUACAUUGGGGAUGCUAUAGAGCCAGCCUGGGAUUUGGAACCUUCCAUACGUGAGGCCUUCGAAAGGUUUAAACAGAGUUUGAAUGAUCUAGAAAAGCAUAUCGGCGACAGUAAUAAGAAUAGUAAGUUGAAGAAUAGGCAUGGAGCUGGGGUUAUGCCUUACGAUGUUUUGAAACCACGUUCAGAGCCUGGGAUCACUGGAAGAGGAGUUCCAUACAGCGUUUCCAUUUAAACAUACCGCCUACAACUCUCCAUAUUUUCCUCCCAUUCCUCCUACCAAUAAUAAGGAUAUUUCCAUUUUGUUUGUCUUUCUUCUUGCUUUUCUUUUUUUAAAAAUUAAAACAUGUCGCUCUAUUUUAAGUGUGUGUUUCCUUUUAAUUAUUUUGUGUCUCAUUUACGUCAAGUAUACUAUUAUUCCAUGUUUUUAAUCAUAAAAUAAACCAAGAAGGAAA